AUGAGGCUUUUCGGGCAGUACGAAACGUUGUUCCAAGAGCUAGAGCGUGAAUCGCGGGGGAUCGACUAUGUCGGAUACAUCCGAAUGGACCCCAAUCUCUUCGCCGAGCUCCUGCUCCGAGUGACCCCUCGAAUCACCAAGUGCCCAAGGAGUCGCCGCCCUCUUGAGCCUGGCCUGAAGCUAGCCAUCACCCUUCGCUUCUUGGCGACGGGGAACAGCUACAGGUCCCUUGCCUACGACUUCCGGGUGGCACACAACAGCAAAUCCACGUUCGUGCCGGAGGUCUGCUCCGCCAUCUACGAGGAAUAUAAGGAGGAGAUGUUCAACAUGCCCUCCACACAGGACGAGUGGAAAGCCGUCGCCCGCCAGUUUGGAACGCGAUGGAACUUUCACCACUGUUGUGGGGCGAUCGACGGGAAACAUAUCGCCAUCAAGGAGCCCAAUAAAAGUGGAUCGCUCUAUUACAAUUAUUAUUAUAAGCUCUUCUGUUCUGUGGUGCUCCUUGCCAUCGUGGAUGCUAACUAUUCCUUCUUGUGGUGCAAGGUGGGGGCCAACGGCUCUUCCUCAGACCCAGGCGUGUUCAACGAGUCCACCCUCCGGGGGGCACUGGAGGACAACACCAUUGGAUUCCCAGCACCGGAUCCACUUCCAGGCGACGACCGGGACUUUCCCUACUUCAUCGUAGGCUAUGAUGCUUUUCCCCUGCGAAAGUGGCUCUUGAAGCCUACAGUCGCCGUGCCAUGA